ACACAAAGGGGCAAACGCCUGCAGGCACCGUUCCGUUUGUUCGUGUUUUGUGGAAGGGCACAUCAAAACGGUCCAACCUUGGCUCCCUCGCCGCAGGUGCGAACCUGCAAUCCUCAACCACAGUGCAACACCACGCUCGUUUUCCCUUCAGUUGAUUAAAGGGCCAAUCAUUCGCUGCUGGACCGCCGAUUUCGAACCGUCUUGGACGGCAUCGUCCUCGGUCUUCCCACGGUCCCUCGCUAUAUUUCGGCCCAGCACUCAUCAUGAAGCUGCACGCCAUCCUCGCCCUCGCGGCUGCGGCCCAUCUUGGCGCAGCCCUGCCGACCUACACCAUCCCGCUGGCCAUGUCCAAGGCUCUUGCCGAGAACGAAGACUGCACCCUCCCCGAAGGUUUCGAAGUGCAGAACUUCCAGAUCUGGACUCCGGCCCCCGGCAACAACCGCACCAGCGUCAUCAACUUCGGAUACAGGGACAACAGCACCAGCAUCGUGACCGCGUGCCACUUCAAUCAGACCUCGGUGAACGUGGGCCCGGCGGGGCUCACUCCCAGAUAUGCGUGCGACAACAAGAUCGUCGAGUUCAUCUGGCAAAACGGCACGCUUACGCUGGUCGAGAAGGCCUGCCCGCAGAGCAACAUGCCUCGCGGCUUCGAGGCCGCCGGCGCGGUCACGCCCGACCUGACGUGCAGCGCGAGUGCGAAGAACAGCACGGUUGGAGAGGGCAAGUUCUGCGUGUCACGGACGGAUCUGGUCGCAAACUUCACCAGCCUUGAGCCGACGCCAAACUGAGAUGACCGUCUGGGGGCGUGCCACGGGGAUCGAACCGACAUCAUCGGCACGACACUGAUACCUGGGGCUGGCUGUGGCGCAAGAGCUGAGCCAUAGAUCGGGGCUGUAAUACUUUGUAAUUGUUCGCUCAUUGAGAGCAUUUAACUCAUCAAUCAUCUCCCUCCAGUUCACGAUGUUGCCAGAUGUCCAGCGCGGAACCAAAUUGCGGGGCGCUUAAGCUGCCGUGUGGCGCUGGUCCCUGCUAGUUUAAGGGACCAGCUGGCGCCAAGACUUGCGGGCCUGAGACUGUCGUCACCGCUGCACACCCUUCCUUGCACCUCCUGGAAAGGUUUAUGACAUUCUGCUUCUCAACUUGAGGGUGUUUUGGGUUCCUAUCGACUUCUGCUCGACAGGGACAUGCUUUGCGUACUUUAGCGCCUUCCCAAUUUAUCAGUGUUGGGUCUCCAAAGGGCCUCGUUGAGCGUGGC